CGCCUCGCCGCCGCCGCCGUCGUGGCCUGCCGGCCUCCGAUGGCGAAGACCCGCAUGCCUGCGUCCCCACCCCCCGCAGAAACGCCGACUCCGCAGCGGCGGCGCAAGAAGAAGGGCCGCCCGUCCCUCCUCGACCUCCAGCGCCGCAGCCUCCGCCUCCAGGCCCAAAACCCUAGCCCCGACCCCUCGCCCACCCGCCGGGAGCCCAACCCCUUCGACGACGAUGAGGACGGGACCGGGAGCGGGCGGCGGCGCCAGAAGCGCUUCAAGAGCGUCCUAUCCGGCGUUGUUAAGGAGGAGCUGGGGGAGGGGGAGAAGGAUGCCGCGAAAGCGACGGGGAAAGGGGACGCUGCGUCGGAUGGUGGGCCCGCGGGGACUCCCCUCCCAGACAAAAAGUUGCUACUCUUCAUCCUCGAUAGGCUCCAGAAGAAGGAUACUUAUGGAGUUUUCUCGGAGCCUGUCGACGCAGAGGAGCUUCCAGAUUACUUUGACAUUAUUGAUCAUCCGAUGGACUUCUCAACGAUCCGUGAGAAGCUGUUGAAUGACUCGUAUUCUAAGUUGGAACAGUUUGAGGCCCUCAGGCGAAGGAGCCCAUAGGAGAAGGGGUCCUCGCCAAGGACAACAUUCGCUAACCGGAGGUCUACAAGCGAAGGGGUCUACGACCCAACGGGCGACGACAACUUGUCAGCAAAACCCGAGGCCUUCGCCAUCUCAUCGACUGAAGGACCAUCCGGCCGGGCGCAACCGGAGGGAGCGAAAAUGCGAAGGCUGUUGGAGCGGAGGCUACGUGUUGACCCCAAACACCUCUAGUGCACCAGAAGACACCGCCAAGGGCCCACCCGUCAGCGUAGCGUGAUGAUGUAUUUCUACUCACAUCAAAUGCCAUGUCUUACAAUUCAGCAGACACAAUCUACUUCCGGCAGGCACGGUCUAUUGAAGCUCUUGCCAAAAAGGAUUUUGAGAACUUGAGGCAACCCAGCGAUGAAGAAGAACCCAAGCCACCAGCUCGAAGAGGUAGGCCACCAAAGAAUCCGAAGAUGGAGGGUGAUGCGUCACCAGACCUAUCCAAUAUGAAAACAAGCAAACCUGAAGACAGUAUCGAUACAUUCAGGAAAAAAUCAACUGGAGAUAUAACUCGAAAUACAAAUACUACGAUGAAAGAGCCAUCCAGUUUUCACAGUAUGCUUGGUUCUUUUAGUGCAAAAAGAGCAGAUAAAAUCGGUGAUUAUUCAGGUUCAUCCAAGUGGGGAAAGAAACCUGUUGGUGUAGAUGAUGACCGCAGAAGUACAUAUGAUCAGCACUAUUCAUGUAAUAGCUCUCUGUUUGCUGCCCUGGACGACGGGAGGAAACUACUAGUGCCAGUAGGGGUUCAGCAGCAACAUGCAUAUGCUAGGAGCUUGGCACGAUUUGCAUCAAAAUUGGGCCCAGUUGGCUGGGAUGUGACAGCAAAUCGUAUCAGAAGGGCACUACCCCCUGGGACAAGUUUUGGCCCAGGGUGGGUUGUAGAUGGUGAACCACCUCAAAACUCUCAGCGGGGUCCUGUCGCAUCAACCGACCCCUCCUCUGAAUCCACUGAUCCACCCAAUAUGCCAUCCAAGAAUGAUGUACUCCACCAGAAGUGUGGGCUGUCUUCAAAUGGGUACGUUACUGGUGAGGAGCAUUUAACUAGAACUCAAACAGUGGCUUCUACAUCAGCGAGCUCUGAAAUUUCCAGCAAAGUAAACAAGCUUGAGAAUGGGGUUACCAAAUCAUGUGGUGGUAUGGGCAAUACGGGAUCAGCAGGGCCUCCAAUGCAGCAGCUCUGCCUACGCGGUCCAGAAAUCCGUUCUAACAUCAAUGGCUUUCCUGCUAUGUCAAACGCCACGAGUCAGUAUGCCGGGCAAGGUUUGUUUGGAUCAGGCAUCCCUAUGACACACGCCCAAGUGCUGGGGAUGUUUUCUGGAAUGAACGGCAAAGCCAAUGGCUAUGUCCAUAGGCACCCAGUGGCUGCUGAUAGUCUUAAAACAGCAGCGCAGAACGGAGAUGUCGGAAAGGCAGCUGUCAACCCUGUGCAAGGUGCAGGUCAUGAUCCAAAGAUUGCCAACGGUAAUAGUUCUGCUCACCCAGGCUUAAAUUCCGGUGUCCAGUCGUCAGGUUCCCCACCUAGGCGAACGCUGGCAAACCCAAAGCACCCUGAUCUGGCCUUGCAGCUAUGAGGUAGCCAUUGACAUAGUUUGCCUUAGUACUGUGAUCUGUGACAGAGGCAUGAGUUCAACACUGCUUCGUCCGGUACCUUGCCAAGCGGAGCACGAGACCGAUCGAAGAGGUAAGAAGUGUUUGGUUUGUCGUCAGAGAGAGGGGUGGCGGCAGCGGGACAUCGUGUAGGGUCCCUCGAUUUAAUUGAUCAUUUGACCCCCUGUGAGUUGUUUGUAAAAGGGUAGGGUAGCUUCUGUACAGGUUCUAAUCUUACUGGAGAUGAUAAUGCUUCGGAUGAAGGCAGCGCCCGCUGUCCAGCUUGUAACAUUAUUGAUAGUAGAAAGAAGAGGAGGGAAGCAUACAGGCG